UGUUGCGCGUCAGCUCGGGUGGCGGCGGGGCUGUAACGGAGCGAUGUCUGGGCGCGGGAAGCAGGGCGGGAAGGCGCGGGCCAAGGCCAAGUCGCGCUCGUCGCGGGCCGGGCUGCAGUUCCCCGUGGGCCGCGUGCACCGGCUGCUGCGCAAGGGCAACUACGCGGAGCGGGUGGGCGCCGGCGCCCCGGUGUACCUGGCGGCCGUGCUGGAGUACCUGACGGCCGAGAUCCUGGAGCUGGCGGGCAACGCGGCCCGCGACAACAAGAAGACGCGCAUCAUCCCCCGCCACCUGCAGCUGGCCAUCCGCAACGACGAGGAGCUCAACAAGCUGCUGGGCAAGGUCACCAUCGCGCAGGGCGGGGUGCUGCCCAACAUCCAGGCCGUGCUGCUGCCCAAGAAGACCGACAGCCACAAGGCUAAAAGCAAGUAAAAACUCGGGGACUGUUCCCACCUCAAAAGCAACACAAAGGCUCUUUUUAGAGCCACCCACUUCCUCAUAAAAGGAGCUGUAGAUCCUGAGCAAAAAAAACAUUUGCGUGGUCUUUGCUGUUGAAAGGCAGCAAAGUGUUGAUGUGUUCUGCACACCAGAGUAAAAAACUCGAUCUGAUAAAAUAACGUACCAAUUGCUCCUAUAUACAUAGUAGGAAAAAAACCCUGAUUCCGCAUCAAAGGAGUCAUUUCAUUAGAACAAGUCAUUAUUAGAACAGGUGAGAAACGGAAGAAGUUCAAUGUUACUACAACAAAAGCUUCAUCCAGCAAGUCUCUCCUUUUUCAGUUCAGUCGUGCGUCAGGUCGAGCUAACUCACUGAUGUCAAUCAAAAAAACAAAACAAAACAAAAAAAGCCUGUCAGCCUGUCCCUAACUUCCGGACUUAGUCCCACUUAGUCCCGCUUCCGGACUUAGAGACUGUCAUUUUUCCCUAACGAUAGGUAUUCAGAAUUAUUAAUUUUUAAUGCAUAUUUCUCGUUGCUUUGUCUGAGCUACCAUGUCCAUUUUCUGUCUGGAAUCUGAAUGAGAACAAUUUAAAAUCACCGGGCAAGUUAAAAGGACUGUUGCCAACUUUGAUUCUACCUUAUAUAGAGCACUGAACGUUACAAUAAAGAUACUGAAACAAACAAAAA